GGAUAUCAAGGACACUACAGUAGGAACAUUGUCUCAGCAGAUAACAGCACAACUGAUGGGCCUCAAAGGUUUGCAUUCUCACAUGGAUGAUAUUAGUGGUUAUCUGAAAAGUGUUGCCGAGGGACGCCUUCCCAUCAAUCAUCAGAUUGUAUACCAGCUUCAGGAUGUCUUCAACUUACUGCCUGAUGUCGGGGUACCAGACUUGGUACAUUCACUGACUGUCAGCACAAAUGAUCAGAUGAGUGUUGUGUAUCUGGCAUCUUUAGUCCGCUCGAUCAUGGCCUUACAUAAUCUCAUCAACAAUAAGGUGCAGAACAGAGAUGCAGAGAAGAAUGAGGGUAAGGAUUCAAGCAAAGACAAAAAGGAUACCAAGGAAAAAGGGGAUGAAAAGUCUUCAGCUGACAAAGAAAAGGAUAAAAAAGAUGGAUCGAAAGAUGAAAAAGAUGCAAAGAAGUCCGUGAAGAAAUGA